UCCAUGGCUGCAGGAUACUUGUCUUGUCAAUCAAACGUCAUUCGGAAACGGAACAAUUAUGACGUAAACACAAAAGUGUGCGAAAUAUUUUUGUUUAAAUUCCUAAUGCUCGUUAAUGGAUAUUAAAAUUGCAUAAACAAAACCUGCAAGUCCAGUUCGUUACUAUUGAUCAGUCAAAUCAUUUGUUAAGUACGCUGUGUCAUUUCUUUUAGAAAAGUGGGUAAAUAUGUCGCGCCAAGUAGAUACAAAUGUUGCUCGGUUACUGGAAGGUUUAGGAUUGGAAGGCGAAGACUUCUGUGACUUUACCAUUGCCGAUCAAAAUUCUGUUGCGGAAUCUCAAGGCAUCACACCGACAACGCCGUCUAACUUUAAACCGGUACUCGGAGAAAAUGUAACAUACGUUGUGGCCUGUGUUAUAAUCAACGAACGAAAUGAAAUAUUAAUGAUGCAGGAAGCGAAGGAAAGUUGUGCCGGCAAGUGGUACUUGCCCGCAGGGCGCAUGGAGAAAGGUGAGACUAUAGUGCAGGCCACUAUGAGAGAAGUGCUUGAAGAAACAGGAUUGCAUUGCGACCCCACGACGCUGCUGGUCGUGGAGACCGCCGGCGGCAUGUGGUACAGGUUCGUGCUCACUGCUGACGUCACAGGAGGCGAACUCAAGACUCCCGCCAAAGCUGAUAAGGAAUCAUUACAAGCAAAAUGGAUUUCAAACUUACAAGAGAUAACUUUGAGGUCCAAUGACAUCUUGCACCUAAUUGAAAAGACUCAAUUGUACAAACAAAGUCAUCCUGGAAAGGGAUGGCACAAAGACCUUUUACCCGCUGCUGUUCCACAUGUCAAAGAUCUGCUAAGGCUCAUUGUAGUUAUUAAAAGGCGAAGUACGAACAGGCUCCAUGUGUUGUUGAGUGAAAAAACUGCCAUACAUUUUCCGGUUUGUGAAAUUAACCCAGCUAAGAGUGUGCACUCAACAUUGAGGAGGUUUAUGGUGGAAAUGUUUGGGGCUGAUGUCGGGCAACACCGGCCUCUGGGCCUCCUCAAUGUGGAGGCCGAUCCCUCAAGUGACGGCUGUUGCCUGACCCUGUUGGUAGCGUUUAGGCCUCCUAUAGAAGAGGUGCCCCUCAUUGGUAAAUGUGUAUGGCAUGAGUUGUUACAGGAAUCAGAACAGCAAUUGCUCUCUAAAAUAACAACAAAAAACUCUACUGUAGAACUCCAUGUUGUUCGUUGAUCUAUGACCAUUAUGAACAUAAUGGAUAUGAUUUAUGUUUAUCAAGAAUACUCAACUUACUGUACUUUAAGAAAACAACAAAAAACUAACAUACUAAUUUGUUAUGAACACAUAUACCAUAUAUAACAUAUUUUUAAUUGCAGGGGGAUAGUAAGAUAUCUAUUUAAAAAUGUAAAAAUACAAUUUAUUAUGUUACUUCUACUUACAUUUCUAUAAGUUCUAUUCUGACACAUUCCAUAUUAUAUUGACUUUUAUCUGUUA